AUGGAGCCUUUAUCGCAUCCGGUGACAUCGGCCCGCGGAAUUUCAAUCGUGCGCGACGCGGCGCGGCCCACCUUUGCGUGGUCCACGCGAAUUCGGAACCCCGAAAAUCUCGAAUACGCCCGGAUAUCUGUUGCUCGUUUGCCAAUCCGUUCCGAUAAUUGCCGUCUUCGUCCAGAACUUCGUUCUGGUGGCCUGCAUCUUCGCAACGGCUAUUCGUGCGUACCUGUUGCUCUGUCGGAGGGCCUGGACAUCCGGUUGAACACAGCGGCCAGGGCGGUCCGCUACGGAGUGAACGGGGUGGAGGUGUGGGCCGCACCCUCGCGCAGCCCUCACACAAAUCACACGGUGUACAAGGCGGACGCGGUGCUGGUGACGCUGCCUCUCGGUGUUCUGAAGGCUUCCGCGCCGCCGUCCGCGGUCGCCUUCAACCCGCCGCUUCCGGACUGGAAGUCACAGGCUAUUCAGAGGCUCGGCUUCGGCAAUUUAAAUAAGGAGUUUGCGAAUUUUGCUUUUGAAUAUGGAAAUUGGCCGGGUGGUUUUAGAUCGGCGAGAUACGCUCGCGAGAAUGACCCUGGGAUGACUCUGAUGGAUGUUGGGGAUGUUGGAACGACGGAUUUAGGAAUGAUACGUGCUUGCGCGAUUAAUAUUCCAGAUUCUUGUGUUCUUAGGUAA